CAUAUCUCUCUUUUUCUCCCAUCUCUACAUUCUCACCUGUGCCAUAUAUAUAUAUAUAUAGAAGACUGGCUCCAUUACUAAUUUCAUGGAGAUGUCAACGUCAAAAACUUACGAAGCUAUUGAAACCGAAUCUGGUUUCGCUUUGCUUCAAAGGAACACCGCCCCAUCACAGCCCGGCGAAAGGAGGGGUCGAAGAAAGCAGGCCGAUCCGGGGCGGUUUCUAGGCGUCAGACGUAGGCCGUGGGGUCGAUACGCGGCGGAAAUCCGUGACCCGACGACGAAAGAAAGGCAGUGGCUCGGCACGUUCGACACGGCUCAAGCAGCAGCCCUUGCUUAUGAUAGAGCUGCACUUUCCAUGAAAGGAACACAAGCAAGAACAAACUUCGUAUACUCCAACAACACUACUACUGCAGCUGAUUUGCAUCCCCUUUUGUCUUUUGAUGCAAUCCAACCCACUAUGGAAUCUGAUAACAACAUUAAUAGUGCAGAUGAAAACAGUUUCUUUUUAAGCGGUGAUCGAAGUGGAAACUCUGGUUAUUUGUCUUGCAUUGUCCCUGAUAACUGCUUGAAACCUCCUCAGAUACCAACUGGUUCUGUUUCUUCACAUGUUCCAAACAUCUGCAACUCUUACAUGAGCCAAAACCCCAUUGAAAACCGGUCGUUUUCUGGUAACUAUGCUCAGGGUUCUGUUUGGAGUGGUGAUCACAUGCAGCAACAAACAUCCUGGGAGAUGAACUCUAAUGAACUCUCGGCUAUAUUCAACCCUUCCCCAUUGGUGGUUGAAGACGAUACCAGCAACUACAACAACAUGAUGAUCCAAGAAAUCUCUUCAAUGGCUCCUUUUAGUGAUGUAGCCGACUUCGGGUAUUCACUUUUUUGAGUUCUUUUUAAGGCUUUUGCAACUCAACGCAUCUAUCAGCAUGGAAGGUUCAAUGUCGUUUUCAGUUUGUCGAUGUAAUUAAAGUUUUGAAUCCUCGUUUUGAGGAAUGUUGUCACCUUAACUUUCCCAAAGUU